AACUCACUUCCUUGGUAAUAAUAUUUUACAUAAGAAAGCGAGUGUGAUUAGGGGUCGACACUGCAUGGGAAGGGAGAGAGCCCCUGGGGGGCACAGAAAAGUGUCACAUCAAUACAAAGCAGCUGCAUUAUAAGUGGGAUGCACUGUUGAGCAUUACAUUCGGAAGGGUUUGUGCUGAUUGUAUGGGGAUUGUGACAGCCAGUUAAAUGGCAUCCCUUGAGAAAGCAAGAACAAGAUAUGUCAGAAGUGCAGUAUUAUGAUAAUACUAGCCAAUUGUACUUUUAUGGGGAGGGAUUUUAACGUGCUAAAUGUGUAUGGUUUUAACGAUAAACAUGACCGGUGCGCACUUUUAGAGGACCUGCAGUCCCACAUGCUGGGGAGGGAUCCUCUAGUGGUGGGUGGGGAUUUUAAUUGUGUUUUAAGUAGAGCAGACAGGAGAGGGGCAGGAGGGGAUUUUAAGGUAGACAGGUCAAGUGUUUUAUUGCAAGGGCUGUGCAGGGAUUUUAAACUGACUGACUGCUUUAAAACCCUGCAUCCAAGAGAGGAGGGCUUCACCUGGACCAGUGGUGAUGGCACCAGAGCCUCUCGCAAUGAUUAUCUGUUUACCCGGGACUGUCCCCCAACUGAUGCUAGAAUAACCCCUGCUUUCUUCUCAGAUCAUGUAAUGCUGACGUGCACCCUUUCACUAUCUUCGGGUGUGACUGUGGGAAGAGGGCCCUGGAAACUGAACUGCUCCCUACUAGAAGAUGAUAGAGUAGUUAGUCCGUACAGAGAGCAGUUCAUCCAGUGGCAGACGUUGCAGGACUUUUUUGACACACGAGCAGAGUGGUGGGAAAUGGUGAAGGGAAGGACGAGGACUUUCUUUAGAGAGAUAGGAAAGGAAAAAAGCAGAGAAAAGAUAUGCAUCUCUGCAUGUCUGGCAGACAUAUCAGUGUGGAUGACGGAUCACCACCUCAAGCUGAACCUCGGCAAGACGGAGCUGCUCUUCCUCCCGGGGAAGGACUGCCCGUUCCAUGAUCUCGCCAUCACGGUUGACAACUCCAUUGUGUCCUCCCAGAGCGCUAAGAACCUUGGCGUGAUCCUGGACAACACCCUGUCGUUCUCAACUAACAUCAUGGCGGUGGCCCGUUCCUGUAGGUUCAUGCUCUACAACAUCCGCAGAGUACGACCCUGCCUCACACAGGAAGCGGCGCAGGUCCUAAUCCAGGCACUUGUCAUCUCCCGUCUGGAUUACUGCAACUCGCUGUUGGCUGGGCUCCCUGCCUGUGCCAUUAAACCCCUACAACUCAUCCAGAACGCCGCAGCCCGUCUGGUGUUCAACCUUCCCAAGUUCUCUCACGUCACCCCGCUCCUCCGCUCUCUCCACUGGCUUCCAGUUGAAGCUCGCAUCCGCUACAAGACCAUGGUGCUUGCCUACGGAGCUGUGAGGGGAACGGCACCGCAGUACCUCCAGGCUCUGAUCAGGCCCUACACCCAAACAAGGGCACUGCGUUCAUCCACCUCUGGCCUGCUCGCCUCCCUACCACUGAGGAAGUACAGUUCCCGCUCAGCCCAGUCAAAACUGUUCGCUGCUCUGGCCCCCCAAUGGUGGAACAAACUCCCUCACGACGCCAGGACAGCGGAGUCAAUCACCACCUUCCGGAGACACCUGAAACCACACCUCUUCAAGGAAUACCUAGGAUAGGAUAAGUAAUCCUUCUCACCCCCCCC